UGACUUUCUCUCUCUCUCUCUCUCUCUCUCUCUCUCUCACGUACACACCCACACACACACACACACACACACACUCCUGCGCGCAGGCAGCAUGACCGGCGGUCCUAAAGACGGAGACACCGAGGAAUACGCUCACACGCCAUUCAUCAGGAAACAGGGGAACAUCUACAAGCCGAACAAUAAAGACAUGGACAGCGACAGCAUGCAAGAGAAGACCUUGCAGGACGUGCACACCAAGGAGAUAGACCUGGUCAACCGGGACCCGAAGCACUUAAACGACCAUGUGGUUAAGGUGGACUUUGAGGACGUGAUCGCCGAGCCAGCAGGCACCUACAGCUUCGACGGUGUUUGGAAAGCCAGCUUCACCACCUUCACGGUCAGCAAGUACUGGUUCUACCGGCUGCUGACGGCGCUGGUGGGCAUCCCGCUGUCGCUGAUCUGGGGCAUCUUCUUCGCCAUCCUGUCCUUCCUGCACAUCUGGGCCGUGGUGCCGUGCGUGAAGAGCUAUCUGAUCGAGAUUCACUGCAUCGGCCAGGUCUACUCUAUCUGCGUCCACACCUUCUGCGACCCGUUCUUCGAAGCCAUGGGGAAGUGCUUCAGCAACGUCCGCAUCACCAGCACCAAGGUGGUGUAGGAGCACAGGAAGUGAAGGAAGAGGGGGUGGGGGUGGGGGUGUGGGUGGGUGGGAUGGUGGGUUUUGGAGUCUCAGAUUUGGCGUGAGAUGUCUCAGAUUUAUGAUUUUCCUCUCUCCAUUCUGGGCUUCAAUAUGGAUCUAUGAAAUAUUAUUAGGGAUUUUAUUAUUUUGCAAUUCGUCAACGUUUAUCACUAAAAAACAAAAAGAGAAAAGCAGCAGAUUACCCUUGCGUUCCUCCUGAGACGAGGCUGUGAAUCUGUAGUAUGUGUUUUUGUCCCUCUUUUUUUCCUGCUUGAGAUUGACAUUUAUUUCAUCCAUCGUUUUUUUGUUUUUUAGUUUUUGAGUCUUAAUUAAACUUUUAACAUCUAACCGUUAUUUUUUUUUUUCUUGUUUGUUUUUUAUAAUUCUUUGUGGAAAUUCACUACAGUCUAGAAAGUUUCCCUUUUCCACCUGGAGAGUCACUAGCAUGGACCCGGGGCCAGGAAAAAGUGUUGUUACUGUACAUGGAGACGCUCGGAAAAAAAAAAGAAGAAGAAAUCUCAUACACUUACCUCUUUAUAAACACACUCCAACGCUUAAAGGAUGAAACGUUAAUCUGGACAUAACUUUAAUAUUUUCAUAGUAAGCAAUUAAGCUUUAUAGCUUUUAAUGGAACAGAUUUUAAAAGGAAAUAAAGCUUUCUUAUAAAAUGCGUUAAAACUGUGACAAACACCAAAAUACUUUACAUUUCUUUUAUUUAAUCAUAACAUUUGUCCAUCAAAUAAAUGACUUUAUAAACUAAAUAGAAAUCACAGUUUUUGUAUUUUUAGUUCUUUUACUCAUAACGAUUCGCCCACAUUUUACAACAUUUUUGUUUUUCGUUGCAAAACUAUGACAUGGCAUAUGCUCGCGCUAUGUUUCGGAUUUUACUAGGGCCGUUCAAGUCAAAGUGGGACUUUACCCAGCGGCACUUGAUCGUGCAGAAUAACAGAAUACAGUUAUGAGCAGGCCAUCUGAUCAUAGCUAUUAAAAAAAAAAAAAACAUUUUUCCUCGAUGGUGUCCAAGAGGAAAAGAGACAUUAAGGGAGUUUUUACUCUUAUAACUGUGUUCUGUUAUUUUGCACAAUCAAAAGUCCCGCUUUGACUUGAACGCCUCUUGAAUGCCAGUCAUAGAAACCAAACAAGAGUAUGCAUGAAGUAAAUGGGUGCAAUGCUUAACUUUUUUUAACCUUUAUUAAAGAAAUAAACAGAUGACGACAUCCAUUGGAUUUAUUAAUACACCAAUUUAAACAGCGGAAAUAAAAUAAUGUACAGGAAUUUCAGACCAUGUCCAUCUUAUACCUUUUUUAAAUAUUUUUCCCGUGACCUCUCCAGGGCUCCGUAGACUUCUUGUUUAUUUUGUAAGAAUUUUCUUUGUAAUAAAAAUGAUAAAUUGGGCGUGUUCCUGCUGAUUUUCGAGACUGCCCAUGACACUGCAUGCUGCCAUUGCUGUACCGCGGCCUAAACACGAGGCAAAAACGAGCUGACUUUAGUGAAACGGUCGGCAUAAGCUAAUACCAGAGACUGUACCUGCUUUCACACUGCCGCGCGCAAUCCUUUAACCAGCUCUUUUUUUUUUUUUUUACACAACGACAGCUUGUACGCUUAACUAAAAACCUAAGAAGCAUUUUAGCGUCUGAGCGCUGAGCUUUUAGCAUGAAGGCACUGCUUUUGCAAAACGUCCACUAUAUGAACAUGAAGUACUUUUUUUUUUUUUUUCAGCCCUUACUCUUGUUCAUUAAUCUAUCGAAUCAGCUGAGGUGCGUUGCAAUGCAUCAGGACAUCAUGUGUAUGUUUGUGAAAGAAAAAAAAGAAAACAUUUUAUCUUUUCUGGUUGUUUUUCGAUUCUGUUCACUGUCGGACUCACACACUGGCAAAGACUGACAACAAGCUGCGAUCUUUCAGCCCUGUGGACUCCUGAUGAAACCGGGGCGCUACAUCUUUUUUUUUCCUCCAUCAAGCUCAAUUUCUUUUUAUUUUUUUGGGGGUUGAUUAGUUUCGACUCGGUCGCCUUGCUGUCUACCUGCUGUCUCUGAAGAUGGGAAAAUGUGUGAUGAAAUGCGUCUCUUGGAAUACGAGAGAUGCAUCAUUUUUAUUUUUUUUUUACAUUCCUUCCCUGCUUUUUAUUGUAAACAUCACGCCGUGCACAUUAAAAAAACAAUCAAAUGAAAA